CUAGAGCCCGUCCUCGAAGCGCUCCUUGGCUGCCUCAUCGGUCGCCCGCCGCCCCUCCUGGACCGCUUGCUGCAUGUCAACACGGUGCUGGAAGGGGUUGAAUGGAGGGCCGUCGGUUGGGUCGCCGUUCUGGAAGGUGGACACCAGCAGGGAGGUGCCCUUGGUGGACGUCUCGUAUGCCGCCGCCACUCGCUCCAUCGGGUCCCUCACCCCUAUCCCCCCAUGACGCGCAGGCAGCAUCAUCAGCUGGGCCUCAGUGGCGGUCACCGCAUGGCUGGAGAGCUGGGUGAGGUAGUGGGUGAGGGCAUCUCGCAGAGGCUGGAAUGUCGCCCGCUCCUCAGGCAUCACCCGCAUAAAGAAAUCCCACUCGGCCUGCAGAGACGUUGUGAGUGCUGUGCAAGCUGCCUGCGGGUACUUGGCCGCUGCAUCCGCCUUCCGGUUGACACACCGCUGCCACUCUUCCACCUUCUCGGCGGCGUAGGCCCGCUUGCCCUCCGCGGUCCCCACAAAUCCCCCCAUAUAUCGAGCACCACUCACAAUCUCCACGUCGGUAUCGCCAAACACCUCCCGCGCCCGCUCCUUGCAACCCGCCCGCACCACCAGCUUGCUCUUCUUGCCGUUGGGGUGGUAGUCCCUCAGUGGCCCUCUCCGCUGCAGCUCAUCCCACCACUCGCGCACCGGCUGGAGGCCUCUCACCUUGGCGGAGUCGUCGGCAAACCAUGCCUGAGGGCCCUCAUCUGCUGGCCGCUUCAUCUCCCACACAAGCGGAAGGGUGGCCACAGAGUAAAAGAGGGAGGCCAAGGGGUCGCCUUGUGUGGUCCCUCCUUGGCUCCACAGCGGCGCGGAUUGGUCGCGCAUAUAGAGGGCCGCAUGGCCACGAUAGGUGUUGAACAGGAAGCGAGAGCACCGAGGCCACAAAAUGCGGACGUUCCACAGGGCGGCAGGGCGAUUCAUCGUGUUGAAGACGUUCGUCGCAUCCACCAGGAUCGCGCACUCCACGCCCCCUGAGUCGAACUCGCCGGACACCGUAUGAAUGGCACCCUCCACGCCCCCCUUCAGCCCGGCACACAGCUGGUCCGCACCGCACACAAUCUCCGCAUCCACCCCGACUGCCUUGGCUAUCGCCUUGCCCAUGAUGCGCAUCAGGACCUCCCCGAUCCCGAUGGGCCGCACCUUCGGUUGCUUGUCCAGACCGAUAAGCCGACAUGCGCGCAGGGCCUGCAGCCGCUCCCAGGGCACGUCCUCGUUGGCGAUGUGGGAGGCCAUGGCCGCUAACUCACUGCGCAGCUCCGCACUUGCCGCGCCACCCUUGAGAAGGAGUUGCUUCCACACCGAUGACUCGCCACCAACUGAUCCGGCGCCUCCUUCGUUGCCCUUGCCGCCCGCUCGAUGUGGUUGGAGGUGAUCUCGACCUGGGUGAGGGGAGGGAGGGGCCGGUCAAGGAAGCAGGACGGGUCAGGGUCACUCUGGGCAGGGUGCUUCGACUCGAGGACCUCCCGAAUGGUGCGGCCCGCAGGGUCGGCCUCAGCCAGGUCGUUGGGGUCCAGGGUGCCUCCACCUCCCCGCUCGGUCAGGAACCGGACGGCCUGCCUGACCUUGUCCUUGUCGACCAGGCGACGGAAUUGGCGCAGCGUGGCCUCGUUGGCGUCGUCCUUGCCGACAGGCCUGGUGGCCAGGAGGGCGUUGUUCCGCUCAGCCUCCUGCACGAGCUGCU